AAACAGGUAUGAAUCGGUAAAAUUGGAAGUGACAUAAUAGUGGUAAGAAGGCUGGUAAAACUCCAAUCUCUGUUGUAUUGCAUAAUUUAAUGUCACUUCAUUCUUUAUAUUACAUUCAUCCUAUAUGUUCCUCGUAUUUGCGAUAAGUUUAUUAUUUUCUGAAUUUGCAUAUGAAAUGGCCUGGUCUGGGAGAUUUCACGCAAAAAACAAUCAUGAUCUUAUACAACAUCUGAAAUCAUCAAGAAUAAUUAAAUCAGACAGAGUUUAUGAAGCAAUGUCUUCUGUAGAUAGAGGAAAUUAUACCUGUUCUGGCUAUGCAUAUAUAGAUUCUCCACAGGAUAUUGGCUAUGGUGCAACUAUAAGUGCUCCUCAUAUGCAUGCAUAUGCUUUGGAAAUACUUGAAGAUAAGCUGUGUGAUGGUGCUAGAGCAUUAGAUGUUGGUUCUGGUUCUGGAUAUUUAACAGCAUGUAUGGCAAUGAUGUUAGGAACAAAUGGAUUAGCUAUAGGUAUUGAACAUAUUUCUGAACUUAAAUCAUUUGCUAUGCAAAAUAUUCAGAGAGAUAACCCAGAACUUCUUGAAAGCGGUCGUGUUCAAUUAGUUGUUGGAGAUGGAAGAUUAGGAUAUCCAGAAAAAGCACCAUAUGAUGCUAUUCAUGUGGGAGCUGCUGCUAAAGAAAUGCCUCAAGCUUUAAUUGAUCAACUAGCUCCUGGAGGACGUUUGGUGUUACCAGUGGGUCCAAGGAACUCAGAUCAAGUUUUAGUACAGGUUGAUAAAACAAAGGAUGGGAAGAUUAAGAAAAAGUCUCUUACGGGUGUAGUUUUUGUUCCAUUAACAAGUAAAGAUAAACAACAUCCUUCAUGAGAUACAUGCAUGCUCCAAUAAGUGAGCAGGCUUUUUUUCUGUGAAUUAAAUGCAAAUGAUAAAUAAAGCUUAUAGGUUUUAGUUA